AUGUUCUCUUCCUACGCUGACGAUGAUAUACCCCGGAGAAUAAAUAUUCUGUCACUUAAUUGCUGGGGCCUCAAAUUUAUCUCGAAACACCGCCGAGAACGACUUCUAGAAAUUGGAAAACGGCUGGCAAGUCUCGACUAUCCCCCUGAAAUUGUUGGUUUGCAGGAAUGUUGGACGCAGGAAGACUAUAAUAAUAUUCGCAAAGAAACUAGACACAUUCUUCCUUAUGGGAAAUUCUAUUUUAGUGGGGUGUUUGGAGGAGGACUUGCGAUUCUGUCGAAAUGGCCAAUCGAGGAGAGCAGUAUGUUCGCAUAUCCGCUGAACGGCAGGCCCACGGCCUUUUUCAGAGGUGAUUGGUUUGUUGGUAAGGGAGUUGCUUGCGCAAGGAUACGAAUCGGACCGGAACCGAAGGACAUCGCUGCGGUUUUUUGCACCCAUCUUCACGCACCCUACGAAAGAGAGCCACACGACUCGUACAUUUGUCAUAGAACGGCACAGGCGUGGGAGAUUGCAAAGCUCAUGCGAGCCGCGGCGGAGAAGGGACAUCUGGUUAUUGGCUUGGGAGAUUUUAACAUGCUACCUUUAUCCCUUGCCCACCGCCUCAUUACUACACAUGCACCGGUUGAGGAUGUAUGGAGAUAUCUGCAUCCCGAUUCAUCGAUAGGUGCAGCCGUCGAUCAAGUUGAGAUGGCUCGCGGGAAACCCAUUCCCUCGGCAGAUUACAACCUCAGCGAGAAUGGCGCCACAUGCGAUGGGCCAUUCAACACGUGGCGUUGGGAUAAAGCAAAACAGAAGCGAUUACUGAAAGACGAUCACAUUGAAGUAGAUGGCAGGCUGCCUGACCCCCUUGGGAAAAGAUUGGAUUAUAUUUUUGUCGGAGACGGAGGGGCCCAUUCGCAAAGCUCUGCGUCUUGUCCUUCCACACUCUCUUCGACUCCAUUAUCUCAUUGGAAAUGGACCAUUGAGUCCACCCGCCUGGGCAUGACGGAACGCCACCCAACUCUUCGUUGUUCGCUAAGUGACCAUUUUUCCGUAGAGGCGGUAAUAUCGCGCGAUAUUCCAGAGGCAGAAACAUCGUCCCAAGACGAAGGAGCACCGUUUCUUCCUAUUCAAAAGCAGGAAGCGCCGUACCCCCAGACCUCCUCAGUGUCGGCGACUUUGAACCCUAGCUCAGCAAAACUCCCCAAACCUGUUACGCCUGCGGCGUCCACUGCAGACAUGUACGACGAAAUUUUAAAAAUGAUACAUACGUACAAACUCCGUGAGCGUUUUCAACGCCGGAUGCGCCUGGGCCACUUCUGCGCCUCCCUUUGUGUUGCGAUUUGUUGUUUGGUUGGAAUUUGGUGGUCCGCGCGCGCAUAUGUGUCGUUUAUAUUGUGCCUACUGAGUACACUGAGCUUGACAGCCGGGGUUAUUGAUGGCUUGAUUGGUGGACUGUUUGUAAGUAGUGAGUUGAGGGCCUUGAAAGAAUUUGAAUGGGAGGUUAUAAAUGCGAAAAAAUUAGCGCUAGGAAUGGGAUUGGAUAUUGAACAGGACCUGGGCUAG